GGCUGCCGGGACAGACCCAAGAUGGCCGAGCGCCUGGGUUCCGUUCCUGCUCUCGGCCCUGAGUCUCAUUCAUUGCUACGCUGCUGAGCGGAGCCGUGAGCCAGCCCGAGGGCUCCGGGCUCUGUCCCCGCGGGGCGGCAGGCCGCCAUGGCGACCCUGGAAAAGCUGAUGAAGGCCUUCGAGUCCCUCAGAUCCUUCCAGCAGCAGCAGCAGCAGCAGCCUGCGCCGCCGCCUCAGCCGCCUCAGCCCCCUCAGCCGCCGCCGCCGCCGCAGGCGCAGCCGCCGUCUCAGCCACCCCCGCCGCCGCCGCCGCCGCCGCCGCCGCUUGGCCCGGCCGCGGCCGAGGAGCCACUGCACCGACCAAAGAAAGAACUCUCAGCCACCAAGAAAGACCGUGUGAAUCAUUGUCUGACAAUAUGUGAAAACAUAGUGGCACAGUCUCUCAGAAAUUCUCCAGAAUUUCAGAAACUUCUGGGCAUCGCUAUGGAACUUUUUCUGCUGUGCAGUGACGACGCGGAGUCAGAUGUCAGGAUGGUGGCUGACGAAUGCCUCAACAAAGUCAUAAAAGCUUUGAUGGAUUCCAAUCUUCCGAGGUUGCAGCUAGAACUCUAUAAGGAAAUUAAAAAGAACGGCGCCCCCCGGAGCCUGCGCGCUGCCCUGUGGAGGUUUGCUGAGCUGGCUCACCUGGUCCGGCCUCAGAAGUGCAGGCCGUACUUGGUGAACCUGCUGCCUUGCCUGACGCGCACGAGCAAGAGGCCCGAGGAAUCUGUUCAGGAGGCGCUGGCUGCGGCGGUCCCUAAAGUGAUGGCUGCUUUUGGCAACUUUGCGAACGACAGUGAGAUUAAGGUUCUGUUGAAGGCUUUCAUCGCAAACCUGAAGUCCAACUCCCCGACGGCGCGGCGGACGGCGGCGGGCUCGGCGGUCAGCAUCUGCCAGCACUCCAGGAGGGCGCAGUACUUCUACAGCUGGCUGCUCAGCGUGCUCCUAGGUUUGCUGGCCCCCGUGGAGGGGGAGCACCCCACCCUCCUGAUCCUCGGCGUCCUGCUCGCGCUAAGGUACUUGGUGCCCCUGCUGCAGCAGCAGGUCAAGGACACGAGCCUGAGAGGCAGCUUCGGGGUGACGCGGAAGGAGAUGGAGGUCUCUCCCUCGACGGAGCAGCUCGUCCAGGUGUAUGAGCUGACCUUGCACUACACCCAACACCAGGACCACAACGUCGUGACCGGGGCCCUGGAGCUGCUGCAGCAGCUCCUCCGAACCCCGCCGCCCGAGCUCCUGCGCGCGCUGACCACGGCGGGCGGCAUCCGGCAGCUCGCCGCCGCCAAGGAUGAGCCCGGGGGCCGCAGUCGGAGCGGGAGCAUCGUGGAGCUGAUAGCUGGAGGGGGUUCUUCAUGCAGCCCUGUCCUUUCAAGAAAACAAAAAGGGAAAGUGCUCUUUGGAGAAGCGGCACCCCUGGAGGAUGACUCGGAGUCCAGGUCGGAGGGCAGCAGCCCCGCCUUCUCAGCCUCAGUCAAGGGUGAGGUCGGAGGUGAGCUGGCUGCCUCUUCUGGGGUCUCCACCCCCGGCUCCACCAGCUCAGCGGCCGACUCUGCGGGUCAUGACAUCAUCACCGAGCAGCCCCGGUCGCAGCACACGCUUCAGACGGACUCAGUGGAUCUGGCCGCCUGUGACUUGACGAGCACCGCCACCGACGGGGACGAGGAGGACAUCCUGAGCCACAGCUCCAGCCAGAUGAGCGCUGUCCCUUCCGACCCCGCCAUGGACCUGAACGACGGGACCCAGGCCUCCUCGCCCAUCAGCGACAGCUCCCAGACCACCACCGAGGGGCCGGAUUCAGCCGUGACCCCUUCCGACAGUUCUGAAAUUGUGUUAGAUGGCGCCGAGAGCCAGUACCCAGGGAUGCAGGCAGGCCCGACACAGGACGAGGAUGAGGACGCCGCUGCCGCUCUUCCUGAUGAAGACACAGAGGCUUUCAGAAACUCUUCCAUCGCCCUUCAACAAGCACAUUUGUUGAAAAGCAUGGGCCACAGCAGGCAGGCCUCUGACAGCAGUGUGGAUAAAUUUGUCUCACGAGAGGAAGCUGCCGAGCCAGGGGAUCCAGAGAACAAGCCCUGCCGGAUCAAAGGCGACAUCGGCCAGUCCACUGAUGAAGAUUCCGCCCCUCUUGUCCAUUGUGUCCGCCUUUUGUCUGCUUCAUUUUUACUCACAGGGGAAAAAAAUGCCUUGGUUCCGGACAGGGACGUGCGGGUCAGCGUGAAGGCACUGGCCCUCAGCUGCGUUGGAGCCGCCGUGGCCCUUCAUCCUGAGUCUUUCUUCAGCAAACUCUACAGAGCACCGCUGGAUACCGUGGAAUACCCUGAGGAGCAGCACGUGUCAGACGUCUUGAACUACAUCGAGCACGGGGACCCGCAGGUCCGAGGAGCCACAGCCAUCCUCUGCGGGACGCUCGUCUGCUCCGUCCUCCGCCGGUGCCGCUUCCACGUGGCGGCCUGGAUGGGCGCCGUCAGAGCCCGCACAGGAAAUACACUUUCUCUGGCGGACUGCAUUCCCCUGCUGCAGAAGACUUUGAAGGACGAAUCCUCGGUUACUUGCAAGUUGGCUUGUGCAGCUGUGAGGCUCUGCGUCAUGAGCCUCUGCAGCAGCAGCUACAGCGCGUGGGGGCUGCAGCUCAUCACUGACUUGCUGGCCCUGCGGAGCAGCUCCUACUGGCUGGUGCGGACAGAGCUUCUGGAGACCGUGGCAGAGAUCGACUUCAGGUUGGUGAGCUUUCUGGAGGCCAAAGCAGAAACGCUACACAGAGGGGCCCAUCACUACACAGGGCUUUUAAAACUGCAAGAGCGGGUGCUUAAUAGUGUUGUCAUCUAUCUGCUUGGAGAUGAAGACCCCAGGGUGCGGCAUGUUGCUGCCGCUUCGUUGAUGAGGCUCGUCCCAAAGCUGUUUUACAAGUGCGACCAAGGACAGGCUGACCCCGUGGUGGCCGUGGCGAGAGACCAGAGCAGCGUGUACCUGACGCUUCUCAUGCACGAGACGCAGCCUCCGUCCCACUUCUCCGUCAGCACCGUAACCAGAAUUUAUAGAGGCUAUAACCUGCUACCAAGCAUCACAGAUGUCACUCUGGAAAAUAACCUCUCUAGAGUCAUUGCAGCCGUUUCUCAUGAACUGAUCACAUCGACCACGAGAGCGCUCACAUUUGGAUGCUGCGAAGCUCUGUGUCUACUUUCAACUGCCUUCCCAGUUUGCAUUUGGAGUUUAGGUUGGCACUGCGGAGUGCCCCCGCUGAGCGCCUCAGACGAGUCCAGGAAGAGCUGCACCGUGGGGAUGGUCACGAUGAUCCUGACCCUGCUGUCCUCAGCCUGGUUCCCGCUGGAUCUCUCUGCCCACCAGGAUGCUCUGAUUUUAGCCGGGAACUUGCUGGCAGCCAGUGCCCCCAGGUCUCUGAGGAGCUCGUGGACCUCUGAGGACGAGGCCAGCGCGGCAGCCACCAAACAGGAGGAGGUGUGGCCAGCCCUGGGUGACCGGACCCUGGUGCCCAUGGUGGAGCAGCUCUUCUCCCACCUGCUGAAGGUCAUCAACAUCUGCGCACACGUCCUGGACGAGGUGGCUCCCGGACCCGCAGUGAAGGCAGCCCUGCCGUCUCUCACAAACCCCCCUUCUCUGAGCCCAAUCCGACGGAAGGGAAAAGAGAAGGAGCCGGGAGAGCAGGCAUCUGUGCCUGUGAGCCCCAAGAAAGGCGGUGAGGCCAGUCCAGCCUCUCGACCACCUGAAACCUCAGGGCCUGUUGCCGCAAACAAGUCCUCGUCACUGGGGAGCUUCUGUCACCUACCUUCUUACCUCAAACUGCACGACGUCCUGAAAGCCACUCAUGCCAACUACAAGGUCACCUUGGAUCUUCAGAGCAGUAGUGAGAAGUUUGGGGGUUUUCUGCGCUCCGCCUUGGACGUUCUGUCUCAGAUUCUGGAGCUGGCGACGCUGCAGGACAUCGGGAAGUGUGUUGAAGAGAUCCUGGGAUACCUGAAGUCUUGCUUCAGUCGAGAGCCGAUGAUGGCGACCGUGUGUGUUCAGCAGUUGCUGAAGACUCUGUUCGGGACAAACCUGGCCUCCCAGUUUGACAGCCUGUCUUCCCACCCCAGCAAGUCGCAGGGCCGAGCUCAGCGCCUCGGCUCCUCCAGCGCACGGCCCGGCUUGUACCACUACUGCUUCAUGGCGCCGUACACCCACUUCACCCAGGCCUUGGCGGACGCCAGCCUGCGGAACGUGGUGCAGGCAGAGCAGGACCAGGACACCUCAGGAUGGUUUGACGUCCUCCAGAAAGUGUCGUCCCAGCUGAAGACAAACCUCACCAGCGUCACAAAGAACCGAGCAGACAAGAAUGCUAUUCAUAAUCACAUUCGCUUAUUCGAGCCUCUUGUUAUAAAAGCUUUAAAACAGUACACGACCACGACCUCCGUGCAGUUGCAGAAGCAGGUGUUGGACUUGCUGGCGCAGCUGGUUCAGCUCCGGGUCAACUACUGCCUUCUGGAUUCAGACCAGGUGUUUAUUGGAUUUGUGCUGAAGCAGUUUGAAUACAUUGAAGUCGGUCAGUUCAGGGAGUCAGAGGCGAUCAUCCCAAACAUCUUUUUCUUCCUGGUAUUACUGUCUUACGAACGUUACCACUCAAAACAGAUCAUCGGCAUCCCUAAAAUCAUCCAGCUCUGUGAUGGCAUCAUGGCCAGCGGGAGGAAGGCGGUGACGCACGCCAUACCCGCCCUGCAGCCCAUCGUCCAUGACCUCUUCGUUUUAAGAGGAACCAAUAAGGCUGAUGCAGGAAAAGAGCUUGAAACCCAGAAAGAGGUGGUGGUGUCCAUGUUACUGAGACUCAUCCAGUACCAUCAGGUGCUGGAGAUGUUCACGCUGGUCCUGCGGCAGUGCCACAAGGAGAGCGAGGACAAGUGGAAGCGGCUGUCUCGGCAGGUGGCCGAUGUCAUCCUCCCCAUGCUGGCCAAGCAGCAGAUGCACAUUGAUUCUCACGAAGCCCUUGGAGUGCUGAACACGUUGUUUGAGAUUUUGGCCCCCUCCUCCCUCCGCCCCGUGGACAUGCUUUUACGGAGUAUGUUCGUCACCCCAGACACCCUGGGGUCGGUGAGCGCUGUCCAGCUGUGGGUGUCGGGCAUCCUGGCCAUCUUGCGGGUGCUGAUUUCCCAGUCGACCGAAGACAUUGUUCUGUCCCGCAUCCAGGAGCUCUCCUUCUCCCCACACUUAGUGUCCUGUCCGACAAUCAGUAGGUUAAGAGACGGGGACAGCACUUCAGCACUGGAGGAACACAGUGAAGGGAGACAGACGAAGAACUUGCCAGAAGAAACGUUUGCCAGGUUUCUGCUCCAACUGGUUGGCAUCCUUCUAGAGGACAUUGUUACAAAGCAGCUGAGAGUGGAGAUGAGUGAACAGCAGCACACUUUCUAUUGCCAAGAGCUGGGCACGCUGCUCAUGUGUCUGAUCCACAUCUUCAAGUCCGGGACGUUCCGGAGGAUCACCGCAGCUGCCUCGAGGCUCCUGACGGACGGCGCGGACGGCGGCUUCUACAGCCUGGAGAGCCUGAACGCGUGGGUGCGCUCCAUGAUCCCCACGCACCCGGCACUGGUGCUCCUCUGGUGUCAGAUCCUGCUGCUCGUCAGCCACACCGACUACCGCUGGUGGGCAGAGGUGCAGCAGACCCCCAAACGACGCAGCUUGUCCAGCACGAAGUCGCUGAGUCCAGAGAUGUCUGGAGAGGACGAGGAUCCCGACGUGGCUUCCAAGCUGGGGAUGUGCAAUAGAGAAAUCGUGCGAAGAGGCGCCCUCAUUCUCUUCUGUGACUAUGUCUGCCAGAACCUGCAUGAUUCAGAGCACUUAACGUGGCUCAUCGUGAACCACAUUCAAGACCUGAUCAACCUGUCCCACGAGCCUCCUGUGCAGGACUUCAUCAGCGCCAUCCAUCGCAAUUCCGCCGCCAGUGGCCUUUUCAUCCAGGCAAUUCAGUCUCGCUGUGAAAAUCUUUCAACUCCCACCAUGCUGAAGAGAACUCUCCAGUGCCUGGAAGGGAUCCACCUGAGCCAGUCGGGCGCUGUGCUGACGCUGUACGCAGACAAGCUUUUGUGCACGCCGUUCCGUGUGCUGGCUCGCAUGGUCGACACCCUUGCUUGUCGCCGGGUGGAAAUGCUUUUGGCUGCGAAUUUACAGAGCAGCACGGCCCAGCUGCCGGCGGAGGAGCUGAUCCGGAUCCAGGAGCACCUGCAGAGCAGCGGGUUAGGACAGAGACACCAGAGGCUCUACUCCCUGCUGGACAGGCUUCGUCUCGCCACGGCACCAGGGUCGCGUGGCCCCACGCCCCCAGUCACGUCCCAUCCCCUGGACGGGGACGGGCCCCUGGCACUGGAGGCAGUGAAUCCUGACAAAGACUGGUACGUGCGGCUGGUGAAGUCCCAGUGCUGGACUCGGUCAGACUCUGCCCUGCUGGAAGGCGCAGAGCUGGUGAGCCGGAUCCCCGCGGGUGACCUGGGCGCCUUCAUGAUGCACUCGGAGUUCAACCUGAGCCUGUUGGCUCCGUGCCUGGGCCUGGGCCUGCGUGAGAUCUCAGGGGGCCAGCGGAGCCCCCUUUUUGAAGCAGCUCGCACAGCGACUCUGGACCGCGUGAGCGUUGUGGUCCAGCAGCUUCCCGCUGUCCACCAAGCUUUCCAGCCGUUCCUGCCUGUGCAGCCCACCGCCUACUGGAGCAAGCUGGAUGACCUCUUUGGGGACGCUGCGCUGUAUCGGACUCUGGCCGCCCUGGCCCGGGCCCUGGGCCAGUACCUGCUGGUGUUCUCCCGGCUGCCCAGCCACCUGCACCUCCCUCCUGAGAAGGAGAGGGACACCGUGAAGUUUGUGGUCAUGACUCUCGAGGCGCUGUCGUGGCACCUGAUCCACGCGCGGGUCCCGCUGAGCCUGGACCUGCAGGCGGGCCUGGACUGCUGCUGCCUGGCCCUGCAGCUGCCCGGCCUCUGGAGCCUGCUGGCCGCGCCCGACAUGGUGACCCACGCCUGCUCCCUCAUCCACUGUGUGCGGUUCAUCCUGGAGGCCAUUGUGGUGCAACCUGGGGACCAGCUUCUUAGUCCAGAAAGAAGGACGAGCACCCCCAAGGCUGCCAGAGAGGACGACGUGGAUUCAGACACACAGAACCCUCAGUACAUCGCUGCAGCCUGUGGGAUGGUGGCUGAGAUGGUGGAGUGCCUGCCGUCGGUGUUGGCCUUGGGCCACAAGAGGAACAGCCACACACCCGCCUUCCUCACCCCGGUGCUCAGGAACAUCAUCGUCAGCUUGGCCCGCUUGCCCCUCGUCAACAGCUACACGCGCGUCCCGCCCCUGGUGUGGAAGCUCGGAUGGUCGCCUAAACCCGGAGGGGAUUUCGGCACAGUGUUCCCUGAGAUCCCCGUGGAGUUCCUCCAGGAGAAGGAGGUCUUCAAAGAGUUCAUCUACCGCAUCAACACACUGGGGUGGACCAGCCGCACCCAGUUUGAGGAGACGUGGGCUACCCUCCUCGGCGUCCUGGUGACCCAGCCGCUCGUGAUGGAGCAGGAGGAGAGCCCCCCGGAGGAGGACACGGAGAGGACCCAGAUCCACGUCCUGGCUGUGCAGGCCAUCACCUCCCUGGUGCUAAGUGCGAUGACUGUUCCCGUGGCUGGCAACCCGGCUGUGAGCUGCCUGGAGCAGCAGCCCCGGAACAAGCCCCUGAAAGCCCUUGACACCAGGUUUGGAAGGAAGCUGAGCAUCAUCAGAGGGAUUGUCGAGCAAGAGAUCCAGGCAAUGGUUUCCAGGAGAGAGAACGCUGCCACUCACCACCUGUACCAGGCGUGGGACCCCGUCCCGUCUCUGGCACCGGCCACCACAGGUGCUCUCAUCAGCCAUGACAAGCUCCUGCUGCAGCUCAACCCCGAGCGUGAGCUGGGGGACAUGAGCUACAAGCUUGGCCAGGUGUCCAUCCACUCAGUGUGGCUGGGGAACAGCAUCACGCCCCUGCGAGAGGAGGAGUGGGACGAGGAGGAGGAGGAGGAGGCCGAGGCCCCAGCACCGCCGUCCCCACCCACGUCUCCAGUCAACUCCAGGAAACACCGGGCUGGAGUCGACAUCCACUCCUGUUCGCAAUUUUUGCUUGAGUUGUACAGUCGCUGGAUCCUGCCGUCGAGCUCCGCCAGGAGGACCCCCGUCAUCCUGAUCAGCGAGGUGGUGCGCUCGCUCCUCGUAGUCUCGGACUUGUUCACGGAGCGCAACCAGUUUGAGAUGAUGUACCUGACGCUGACGGAGCUGCGGAAGGUGCACCCCCAGGAAGACGAGAUCCUUCUCCAGUACCUGGUGCCCGCCACCUGCAAGGCGGCCGCUGUCCUCGGGAUGGACAAGGCCGUGGCGGAACCGGUGAGCCGGCUGCUGGAGAGCGCGCUCAGGAGCAGCCACCUGCCCAGCACGCUGGGCGCCCUGCACGGCGUGCUGUACGUGCUGGAGUGCGACCUCCUGGACGACACCGCCAAGCAGCUCGUCCCCGUCGUCAGCGACUACCUCCUCUCCAACCUCCAGGGCCGAGCCCACUGCGUGAACGUCCACAGCCAGCAGCACGUGCUGGUGAUGUGCGCCACAGCCUUCUACCUGAUCGAGAACUACCCGCUGGACGUGGGGCCCGAGUUCUCGGCCUCCAUCAUACAGCUGUGUGGGGUGAUGCUGUCCGGAAGUGAGGAGGCCACCCCGUCCGUCGUCUACCACUGCGUCCUGAGGGGCCUGGAGCGCCUCCUGCUGUCCGAGCAGCUGUCCCGCCUGGACGCGGAGUCCCUGGUCAAGCUGAGCGUGGACCGGGUGAACGUGCACAGCCCGCACCGCGCCAUGGCGGCCCUGGGUCUCAUGCUCACCUGCAUGUACACAGGGAAGGAGAAAGUCAGUCCGGGCCGAACGUCCGAGCCCAGCCCCGCGGCCCCCGACAGCGAGUCCGUGAUCGUGGCGAUGGAGCGCGUGUCCGUCCUCUUUGACAGGAUCCGGAAGGGGUUCCCCUGUGAAGCCCGCGUGGUGGCGCGUGUCCUCCCCCAGUUCCUGGAUGACUUCUUCCCACCCCAGGACGUCAUGAACAAGGUCAUCGGCGAGUUCCUGUCCAGCCAGCAGCCAUACCCGCAGUUCAUGGCCACUGUCGUGUACCAGGUGUUCCAGACGCUGCACGGCGCGGGGCAGUCGUCCAUGGUGCGCGACUGGGUCAUGCUGUCCCUGUCCAACUUCACACAGCGGAGCCCGGUGGCCAUGGCCAUGUGGAGUCUCUCCUGCUUCUUCGUCAGUGCGUCCACCAGCCCGUGGGUCUCGGCGAUCCUCCCACACGUCGUGAGCCGGAUGGGCAAGCUGGAGCAGGUGGACGUGAGCCUCUUCUGCCUGGUGGCCGCGGACUUCUACCGACACCAGAUAGAAGAGGAGCUUGACCGCAGGGCCUUCCAGUCCGUGUUCGAGGUGGUCGCCGCGCCCGGAAACCCAUACCACCGCCUGCUGGCGUGUCUGCGGAGCGUCCACAAGGCUGCCGCGUGCUGAGCGCCCACGCGGCUGGCGACGAAGUGGCCCCUGGACUGCAGGGCCCGGCCUGCGCCAGGCAGCAGGCGGCAUGGGCUUCCCGCCGCGUGGUGGCGAGGCUGCACGCAGGGCACGCGCAGUAACGUUUGGGGUUGAGCCUGAGCCCUCUCGGGGCAGGAGCUGCUGUGGCGGGCCUCGCGCUGGAGCUGGUGUGGAAGCCAGCCGCCCGGGUGUUGACGUGCUCCUCUGUCCCGCCCUCGGCCGUCACCAGGUCCCAGCUGCUCCCGCCUGGGGGGCAGGAUUCCUCUGCUCUUGCCGGCAAGCCAUCAGCCCUCUGCUGUCCCGCAGGCGGGAGGGGACGCCACGGGCUCUGAGGCGCGGGGUCCUGGGGUGUCUUGGGCUCCUGCAGGGCACGCAUGCCGGGUCUGGCCAGGCGGGGGGGCUGGGAGCGUGACAGCUUGCGCUGUCCUCCCCGUCGCUGUCUUCUCAGGAUUUAAAGUUUAAUUCUAUCAGUAAAGAGAUUAAUUUUAAGGUAA